GGUUCGCUCCAGUGAUGACGCCACAGGUCACGUGGUGUUGUUUGUGGCAGGAAGCUGUCGGUUCAGUCUUGAACAGUUAUUCCCUGGGACUCCUUCUCACUACGAGUAUCUGCCUUCUCCGGGUUCAUCAUGGUAGUGGGAAGGGGCGUCUCCGUGUCUGGAAGGGACUUGGAUCAGCAGGAUGCGUGAAGGUGGAAUAAACACGACAGGUCCGCUCCGGGCUGCUAGCAUGCUGGCUGACUCGAGCUAGCUGGAUGGCCUUUGGGAGAGAGCUCACCAGAUCACCUAGCUUCUGUUGAUCCUUCAGACGUGGACGCUGUUCGCUGUCACUUCCUGGCUUUCAGCUGGGUUCAUAUUUGGAGUAGCUUUAAGUCUAAUAAUGGAGCUGUUCCAGGCCAAGGAUGAGUACAUCCUGCAGAGCGGGGACUGCGCGCUGUGGUGCAGCCGGAAGGACGGGAGCAUGACGGUCAGACCGGCCACAGACCUUCUGUUAGCGUGGAAUCCAGUGUGUUUGGGUUUGGUCGAAGGUGUCGUUGGAAAGAUUCAGCUUCACACAGACCUUCCUCUGGGCCUUGUCUUGAUUCGCCAGAAAGCACUGGUGGGCAAUCUACCUGGCAACCACAAAGUCUUCAAGAUCACCAAAAUAACCGUCCUUCCUCUGUCUGAUGAAGAGCCUCAGGAGCUUGAGCUGGAGCUCUGCAAGAAGCAUCACUUUGGGAUCGACAAACCAGAGAAACUGGGCCAGUCUCCUGAUGACUCAAAGUUCUUGAUGAAAACCUUUAGCCAAAUCAAGUCUAACGUGGCCGUGCCCAUCAAGAAAAAGGUCAAGGAAAACAAGGAGAAGGAACGCCUGGAGAAAAGGCUGCUGGAUGAGCUCUGCAAGAUCUUCAUGGACUCAGACUCCUUUUACUAUAGCAUGACCUACGACCUGACAAACAGUGCUCAGCGUCAGGGAGACUUGGCCAAGUCGAGCUUACCCCUCUGGAAACAGGUGGAUGACCGAUUCUUCUGGAAUAAACACAUGAUCCAGGACCUUAUUGACCUUCAGGUGCCAGAGGUAGACUUCUGGUUGACUCCGAUCAUUCAGGGCUUCGUGCAGAUAGAAGAACUGGUGGUGAACUACAGUGAUACGAACGAUGAUGAGCGAAGCAGCCCCGAGACCCCCCCACAAGAGGCUACCUGUGUCGAUGACAUCCACCCUCGCUUCACUGUGGCGCUAAUCUCCAGACGAAGCCGGCACCGCGCAGGAAUGCGGUACAAACGCAGAGGCGUGGAUACUGAUGGUCAUGUGGCUAACUUUGUGGAGACGGAGCAGCUGAUCCACGUGCACAGCCAUACUCUGUCAUUUGUGCAGAUGCGUGGCUCUGUGCCAGUCUUCUGGAGCCAGGCAGGGUACCGCUACAACCCAAGACCACGCUUGGAGAAAGGAGAGGAGGAGACCAUGACAUACUUUGCUGCUCACUUUGAAGAACAGCUUCAAAUCUACAAAAUGCUGGUCAUCGUUAACUUAGUGGAUCAAAGUGGACGUGAGAAGAUAAUAGGCGACUCAUUUCUGAAGCAAGUCCUGCUUUACAACAACCCCAACCUCACAUAUGUUUCCUUUGACUUCCAUGAGCACUGUCGAGGUAUGAAGUUUGAAAACGUGCAGAUACUGACGGAUGCCAUCUCUGACAUCAUCACUGACAUGAAGUGGGCCUGGGUGGAUCAGGCUGGAGUCAUCUGCAAACAGGAGGGGUUCUUCAGAAUAAACUGUAUGGACUGUCUGGACAGGACCAAUGUGGUCCAGGCUGCUGUUGCUCGGGUGGUGAUGGAACAACAGCUGAAAAAGCUAGGAGUGAUGCCUCCAGAGCAGCUUCUGCCUCCCAAAUGCUACAAAAUCCAUCAGGUCAUGUGGGCCAAUAAUGGAGACACCAUCAGCAGACAGUAUGCAGGCACAGCAGCACUCAAGGGAGAUUUCACCAGGACAGGGGAGAGGAAACUGGCUGGUGUAAUGAAGGACGGUGUGAACUCAGCCAACCGCUACUAUCUGAACCGCUUUAGGGAUGCUUACAGACAAGCAGUCAUUGACCUUAUGAUGGGCAUACCAGUGACAGAAGACUUGUAUUCCAUCUUUAGUAAAGAGAAGGAACAUGAAGAGAAAGAGAAGGAAAGUCAGAGGGGGGCACAGGAACAGGUCAGCCUCCUGCUGCAGACCUAUAUGCAGCUCCUGCUGCCUGAUGAUGAGAAGUUUCAUGGAGGAUGGGCCCUCAUUAACUGUGAUCUCAGCCUUGUUGAUUCUUCAAGCAAAGACGUUGAUGUACUGCUCCUACUGUCUGAAAAAGCCUAUUACAUCGCCUACUACGAUGAAGAAGCAGAUAAAGUCAACCAAUACCAACGCCUCAAUUUAGAGGGUUUGGAAAAGAUUGAAAUCGGUCCAGAGCCUACACUGUUUGGGAAGCCAAAGUUCUGCUGUAUGCGUCUGCAUUACAAGAGUGAAGACACGAGUAGAUACUUUCACACACUGAGAGCAGUAACUCGAAACCCUGAGGAUGAUGGAAAAGACACAUUACAAUGCAUAGCUGAGAUGCUUCGCAUAACUAAACAGUCCACCGGGUCGGACCUGGAUGUGGUGGAAAAGAAGCUUGAGAGGCGACAGUGCAAACCCCCUGAAGACAUGAUGGCCAUCCAAAACAAACCUGCUGUCCAGGGGAGCUCUGGUUUGGCUCAGGGCAAGAGUUUCCUUCUAGACAAGUUCUCUUCUCUCAAUCAGAAAGUGAAACAGACCAAAACAAAUGUAAACAUCGGCCAGUUCAAGCCCCUCGGAAAGCUGGGGAACUUCUCUAAACCGGAUGUUAAAGUCAAUUUCCUCAAGCCUACUAUGCAUGUCAACCUUUGGAAAUCUGACAGCAGCUUGGAGACAGGCGAGAACAACCCUGGAGCAGGAUGCCUGAAGAAUAUUGGAGAUGAGAACUCGGAAAUAUCAGACGACUCUGACUCUUAUAUUUCUGAUACGGAGCAACCAUGUUCUGGGUCUUUGGAAAACAUGGACUAUGUGCUGCCUAGUUGUGGCAUUGUAGCAUCAAACCCCAGACUAGGGAGUCGCUCCCAGUCCAUUGGCAGCGUGGAGCUGAACAUCCCCUCCAUGAUACGUGUCACCGGGUGUGACGGGAAGCUGGAGAGCCCCUCUGAAGCCAGCAAUGACAAGUCCCCAGGGUCUGCCUCAGUGGCUGAAGAAGCCAUCCUGAUUGACUUUGGUACCUCCAUCGAUGCCUACUGCCAUCAGUUUGUCCAGGACGCACAGACAAAACCUGUUGAGGUGUUUGGAGAGCAACCUCAACCUGCUGCCCUCCCCCUCAACCCCGUGCAGAAUAAGACCUCUGCAGACUCAGACAAGCAGUCCAGCUCUGAGCAGCCUGAGGAGCCCCUGCUCCCCAGGCCAUCCCAGCUUGAUGUCGAGUUCAUUACUUCCAGUUCCAACCUCCUCACUGUCCAGAAACCCAGCUCUGCAGCCUCAGGUGGUUCGCAGAGGAGUCUGGGUUCACAUAUGGAGGGCAGCCAAGGUCCCUCACCUGCUGACAGCAAUUGCAGCCGAGUAGUGUCCCCGUUCGCCAAGAUCAAGAGCUCAAUGGUUCAGGUGGCCAGUCUCACCCAGGCUGGACUUACACAAGGCAUCAACUUUGCUGUGGCAAAAGUACAGAAGAGUCCAGAACCAGAUACUGUCAAUGAAGCCCAGGAGAAUGAACUGAAGGCAAUGUUUACACAGUGCCAGACUCGGAUUAUUCAGAUUUAAUGGUUCCUUUGUAGCAAGAUUUUGUAGUAAUAUACCGUGUAGGAGAGUCCUAUUUGGUAGCAGUAGCUUCAGCUUGCACAUAGCAUCUCUACUCAGCCAACAAACGCCCUCUGAAACUACCCCCCGAUUAAACCUGCUCUCACAUCUCGUACAGUACCUGCAGAUGUACAGUGAAGGUCCACGUGACAGCGGCUAUGUUUACAUGCACAUUAUAAUUGAUUGCCCGGUCGAUUGAUUUCACAUAAAGGAAGUGUUAAUCAUAUCCUUCUCAGACUGAUUCAUCUCUUUUAUAGUUCAGUCGUUCACGCUGAGGUGUCUUGUGACCGAUAUAUUCCAGCCCUUUAAAGACUGCAGUAACGUGGGAUCCAAAUGUGUCAGAGUAACAGAGUUUUAGAGCCUAUACUGCAUUUAUAACAGAGAGUGGUAAUUUUUUAAGUAUCUGAAUCAUCUUUUAUAAUUCACAUUGACCUGUGAGAACCUUUCAUUUACAUGGACAUUCAAAUCCUACAUCACAACAGAAGCAUACGAGAACUAACGUAAGAGUCAUGACAGUUUUGAAGAACUCUUAUGCACAGAGUGGUGUGCAGAUUAUUCUCGUGCGUGUAAACAUUACCUCCCUUUCUGUCUGAGAAGAUAAUUACUGUGCUAGCAUGUGAGGUUUAAGGUGCCGUGUCCACUAACGCCGUUUUCUGCGCUGGUAGCGUCUAUUUUCUGUUCAAACCAUAGACUGUAUAAAUAAUGGACAUAGUAUCCGUGACGUCACCCAUCUGUUUCUGAAGCGCUGUUUUGAGGCCAAUCGUCGGCAGGAACCAUAUUGCUUCUGUUGAGUGAUUGUGACGUAAAGAGGCGGGCUUUGAGCCUCCUAGCCAACAGCUACAGUGUUCCUGCCUGUCAAUCAAGUCAGCUGGGCCUCUCAUUGGAAGACUAGUAAUCUAAAUAUCUUCAAAAUUGCCACGUUACAAAAAAAUUAACCCCCCGUACAGUGUGUGCCGAUCAAGAAAUGAUCUAUCCAGACUACACUCGUCUUUUGAACCAGACUGUAAACAUGUUUAUUUCUGCUGUAAAGAUCGGCUUUUUUGAAUUGGUGUGUAUGUGGUUUUGGGUACUUCAGGAGCCAGCCUCAAGCGGACACUCGAAAAACUGCAGGUUUUAACACUUCCAAAUUGGACAAUUGGAUAUUUCUAGACCGGAGGUUGCCGCUUGAUUCAAACCCAAUGUGAUUCAGCGUCCUCGCCGAUUUCUGUCUCUGCGUUCUCUGUUGAAAACGGUUCAACAUUUGGAACACUGCCACUCAUCGAUGUCACUUCUUGAUCACCGACCAAUCAGAAUCAAGAAGGGGCGGGACUUCUGACAUCAGCUUUGUCAACAAAAAUAGCAGAGGUCCUUCCGGAGGAGAAAAGUUGUCAUUUUUCCAAGGUACAAUUUCUGAGUUUAGAUCUGCUGGUGAUGCUCUGACACGAUUUAUAUCGAUUGAUUUUACAGUUUCUAUUUAAAAUGCAUCGAUUGAAAGCAAAUAUGAAGCAAACUGAGCAUUUUAAAGCAGACCUAGCAGAGAAGCGGAGGUGCCGCGGGACUACUAUCGUAAGCUAGCAACAGUAAAUGCUGGAGAGAAGCUGUCUGACAUUGAGGUUGUGCAAAAAACAGCGUUAGUGGACACGGCACCUUUAUUAAGUAACAACUGAUAUAAACACGUCAGAGACCUGAGCUGCAUGUUUCAAAGAUCAACUCUGAAUCUAUCACAUGCCGUGCUGUACGUGCAGGUCACUUGAUUGGCGUUUGUGAUAAGCCUUAUGUUGCAUCUGUUCUGACCAAAUCUCUGAUAAUUCCAAACGUCUGCAUUAACCGUUAAUUUGCAUUGCUGUUAGAAACAAGCAGGACGACAUACUGCGUGUAGUCACCCCAUGUAAUAUCAAUAUUUCCAAGUGUAACUUAAAGUCACAGCUCUAGAAAUGACUCCUGGAGACCUUUGUGAUGACCUGUAUACUGACUGUGUCUGUUUCCAGAGUCCAGACUUUCCUUUACCUUCUUGCAUUAAUGCUAAGAUAACAUGUUCAAAGACCUGUGCGUUGUGUCGUGAAAAGAACCAGCAGCGUCACCGUUAACACCAGAAAACUCCUGGUUCGAGUUGUAUUUGAAAUAUAUGUGUUUAAAUAAUAUGAUUAUUCUGCUCAUGGUUUUACUCCAAUGAUGAUUCUUUUUAUUCAAGUCGUCAGCCAGUGUUGUACUUGUACUGUAGUUUGACAAAGGCAGAAGAGUAGCAUACAGUAGGUAUAUGCAAUUACAUUGUCUGAGGUUAUAUGAGGAGUACUGAUGCUUUAUGCACUCCUGGAACUGAAAGCAUUUGCCUUAACGGGGAACUGAGAUUGGAUUAUGUUCAUCAGGUAUUUAUGGCAGAAUCUACCUUAUAAGUCCAUUUUAACAGGUUACAUUUGGUGUACUGUAUAGACAAUGAUAUUCAGGGUUUACCGUGUUUUUCUUGGGAUAUUUAAUGUACCGCAGCUUACAUUAUUCUCUAUGUUCUCCAUUAUCAACCAAGUAAUCAAUUUUACAACUGUCAUUUUUGAUAUUUAUGUAUGAUAGUGCUAAACCGUAUGGAUAUGUGAGUUUGUGUUAGAGCACCCCUGUAUUUAGUCACUCCACUGCUUCCUGUGCUGGUGACGGUGUAUAAGAAAUACUGAUGUGCUUUGCGUAGAAUUCAAAUCCCAAAAUAAAUCUCACUCACCUCAUGUAAGGUUUAAUAUUGUGUUUGAACAUGAUGUUGUGACGCUGCACUGUCUGCCUGUUGACCCAGGUGAUGCUGAGUGUGGUGAUAGCUGUCAACAUUUAUUUUCAAACCUCCUGAAGAGCUGCAGACGCUGAUCUCCAGCAGAGUUAAUACUGAUGUCCGUAUUAAACCUGAUCCUCAACAUUACUGACUGACAACACAACACUAGUGUGGCAUCUGAUUGGAUAUGCAAAUGCCUCGUUCUGUUGUAGAUUUUUUUUUCUCCUUCCUGUUUCACACAAAGUGCUUUUUUCAGCCACCUCUUAAAAUAGACGUGUGUGUGGGUGGUUGUCCUUCCCUCCCAUUGGUUCCAGACCAUGACAAAUCUUCAGAAUCAGCAAAUAUUUCAAUGUCAGAGGACAUUAUUCAAGCGUUUGCACCAUUCCUGCUCAUAUUUUCAUCUUACCAACUAACUGUUGUUUUUGUUUUACACUACACCAUGUAAAACAAUGAGGUUUUAUUCAUUGUUUAUUAAAGUAUCCUUUUUACUCAUCGUCCUCUGUGUGUGUUACCUGGUAAAGUGCACUGGACAUUUUAGAAGAAUAGAAGUAUAUGAAUAAAAAACUGUUGCUUGA